AUGGAGGGACUUUUCUUUAACAUUGACUACGGCUAUAUUGAAGGUGUUGUACGCGGCUACAAAUCCGGCCUCUUGACCUCCAACCAAUACGUCAAUCUCACCCAAUGCGAUAACCUUGAAGAUUUGAAACUCCAGUUAUCGUCCACCGACUAUGGCAAUUUCCUUGCCAACUACUCCGGCCCCCUUAGCACCUCCGUCAUCCAAGAAAACUUAUCGAAAAAGCUAUUCCAGCAAUACCAAUACAUCCACACCCAGUCCUCCUCCAAAUUAACCAAAUUCAUGAACUUUAUCAACUACGGGUACAUGAUCGACAACGUCAUCUUAAUGAUUACCGGAACCUUGCACGAAAGAGACAAGUCGGAAAUCUUGGCCAAAACAAACCCAUUGGGAUGGUUCGAUACCUUGCCCACCUUGUCCAUCGCCACCGACAUCGAAAGCUUGUACCUGACAGUUUUGAUUGACACCCCGUUAGCCCCAUUCUUCAAGAACUGUGUUUCUGCUGACGACUUGGACGACUUGAAUAUCGAAAUCAUCAGAAACAGACUAUACAAAAACUACUUGGAAGAGUUUGUCGACUGGUGUAACAAAAAUUUGGAUGGACCCGAUAAGGAAAUCAUGGAGAGGUUGCUAACCUUGGAAGCCGACAAACGUGUUAUCAACAUCGCCUUAAACUCCCUCAACAACCCCGACCUCUCCCCAGAAGACAAGUUAUCGUUAUUCCCCAACUACGGCAAGUUAUACCCCACCUACCACUUGGAGUUGUCACAGGUUGACGAUGUGGAACAAUUAAAGUCCAUUGUCGAGCUUGUAGGAGACUACAAAGACAUCUUUUCCGAAACAAACGAUGCCUUAAAAAGUUUGGGCGACUGGUUCUAUUACUUGGAAAUGCAAUUGUGCAGAAACGCAUUCACCCAGCAGUUUACUUUGGCAACCGUCUAUGCCUGGUUGAAAUCCAAAGAGCAAGAGAUUAGAAACGUCACCUGGAUUGCAGAGUGUAUCGCCCAAAACCAGAAAAAUAGAAUCGAUAGCUACAUAGCUGUAUACUGA